UACAUAUACAUCAUCGCUUUGCCCUCCCCUGUCAUUUUCGACAUUCACCUUGUCUAGUACCAAACGUCCUACACUGGCACUCACACUCGUAGUUAUAUAGUCACCUCAUUACCCCCUCCCUCGAGUCAUUGAAGUGGUUUCAAGGUACAUACCCUCUUUUCUACGGCAGGCUGAGAAAUUCCUCAGUUAAUCUUGAUCUGUAUCUCGAAGCCGAGCUUUUACACAGAUAACUUGCGCCAAUCACUAACUCGUUAUAGAACAUUCCUGUAGCGUUGCCAAGGCAUUAGACAUCAAAAGUGAUAGAUCUAUACUUCACUUAAUCUUACCGAGUCUUCGUUUUGGAAUUGGGGCUCACACGCGCAUACGCGCCUAUACACUACCACUACCUCUCUCUCUCAUACCAAAAAUCACACACAAUGGCCACUACCGACGCCAUCCUACGAGGAGUCUCCGUCUCAGGGACCAUAGGUCCCGAACACAAGAAGAUCCUCACACCCGAGGCGCUAGCAUUCUUGGCCCUGCUGCACCGAUCUUUCAAUGUCACACGCAAGAAGCUGCUAGAGCGCCGAGUGAUACGGCAGGCCGAGAUCGACCGCGGCGUCCUCCCAGACUUCCUCGCCGAGACCCGUCACAUUCGCGAGGACCCAUCAUGGAAGGGCGCGCCGCCCGCUCCGGGACUUGUCGAUCGCCGUGUCGAAAUCACUGGUCCCACUGACCGCAAGAUGGUCGUAAAUGCUUUGAACUCGGAUGUCUGGACAUAUAUGGCGGAUUUCGAGGAUUCGAGCGCCCCGACGUGGGAUAACAUGAUUAACGGUCAAGUAAAUCUAUACGACGCUGUACGACGACAGGUGGACUUCAAGCAGGGUCCGAAGGAAUACAAACUGCGAAAUGACCGCAAGUUACCGACAUUAAUCGUACGACCACGAGGAUGGCACUUGGAGGAGAAGCACGUCACAGUUGACGGAGAGCCCAUUUCUGGUUCUCUAUUCGACUUCGGUCUCUACUUUUUCCACAAUGCUUUCGAAUACCAAAGUAAGGGAUACGGCCCUUACUUCUACCUACCCAAGAUGGAGUCACACCUCGAAGCUCGUCUAUGGAAUGACGCCUUCAACCUUGCUCAGGACUACAUCGGAAUGCCCCGGGGCACAAUUCGUGGAACGGUCUUGAUCGAGACCAUUCUCGCGGCGUUCGAAAUGGAAGAGAUCAUCUACGAACUGCGUGACCACAGCUCCGGUCUAAACUGUGGUCGCUGGGAUUACAUCUUCAGCACGAUCAAGAAGUUCCGCAACAACCCCGACUUCGUUCUCCCUGACCGAAGUUGCGUCACCAUGACCGUGCCUUUCAUGGAUGCUUACGUCAAGCUUCUCAUUCAGACCUGCCACAAGCGUGGUGUCCAUGCCAUGGGUGGUAUGGCCGCACAGAUCCCUAUCAAGGAUGACCCUGCGGCGAAUGACAAGGCCAUGGAGGGUGUACGCGCCGAUAAACUGCGCGAAGCUCGUGCGGGUCACGAUGGAACAUGGGUCGCCCACCCAGCACUCGCCAAGAUCGCCAGCGACAUCUUCAACGAGCACAUGCCGACGCCAAACCAGCUAUUCGUACGACGCGAGGACGUCAAGAUCGGCCCCCGUGACCUGCUUAAUAUGAAUGUUCCCGGCAAGAUCACUGAGGAGGGCAUCCGCAAGAACCUGGCCAUCGGUCUUGGAUACAUGGAGGCCUGGAUCCGGGGUAUCGGCUGCGUGCCAAUCAACUACCUCAUGGAAGACGCCGCCACAGCCGAGGUAUCACGCUCGCAGCUCUGGCAAUGGGUGCGCCACGGCGUAACGACGGCCGAAGGCCACCGCGUCGAUAAGGCCUACGCGCUGCGCCUCCUCAAGGAGCAGACGGACGCGCUCGCCGCCAAGGCGCCCAGUGGCCACAAGUUCGGCCUCGCUAGCCAGUACUUCGCGGGCCAGGUCACGGGCGAGGACUACGCCGACUUCUUGACUACGUUGCUGUAUAAUGAGAUCACGGCCGUUGGGAACGCGGCGCCUGCGAGCAAGUUGUAGAGAGGGCGUGUAAUUAUAGGAGUAUCUAUUAUGGUGGAAGCAAUGUGCUGUAAAAGAGAAUGAAGAAAAAUGCACUGUUUGGGUGAUGUCUGUCUAGGCUGGGUAUUGUUUUAUCUACUGGUAUGGGGUAGGGUAGGAGUAUUAUGUAAUGAUAUAGUCACGAAUCUCAUGAGCUUUCAAGUUCAUUCGCUUUAUGGGUCACUUUCGUUCGUCUCGUCUUGAUGGUUAUCAUAUGUUAUGUUUCCGUGUUCAUCGACGAAGUAGGUUUGUGUUUACAUAGGUUGUCGGAAGUGAAGUAGAUGUUGAAUAAGAUAUAUUAAAUUAACCUA